AUGCAAAAUGAUGAAUACAUUGACAAAUCCAGCAAUAAAGUAAAAGUAAUAUGGAACAUUAUAAAAAGGGAAAGAGGGGAAAUCAAACCUAUACACACGAACAUAGAAAUCAAACUCAACAAUGGAUCUAUAUCUAAUCCCGAAGUUGUGGUGAACUCUUUCAACAAAUUCUUUACAAGCAUUGCUGAAAAAUUGGUCAAAAGUAAUCCUAACAAAAACUACCAACCAGCAAACCAAACAUGUCACAUAUGUGCAGAGUCAAUUUUCAUUACCAAAGUCACUGGAAAUGAUGUUGCAAAAGACCUCAGACAGUUAAAAAAUUCACAUUCAGCUGGAAUUGAUGGUUUCCCAGCAGCUGUCAUCAAAUAUUCUGCAGGUACUUUCCCUGAAGCUCUGAAACUUUCUAAAGUAAUUCCUGUCUUCAAAAAAGUUGAUAAUAAAGAUAUGAAUAACUAUAGGUCUAUCUCAAACUCAUCCUGA